ACGGUCUCUCCCUCUUUGACCUCACUUCUGGUGCCUCUCCUGCCCCCGCUGCUGAUGCUGACGCCACUGUUCGCUCACAGUGGGCCACGCGCGAUGCUGCUGCACGUCUUGCUGUGCGUCGCCACCUACCUACCUCUGAGCGUGCGCACUUUAGCCAGUACAAGAGUGCUCAGACCUUGUACGACGCUGUAGUUGCACGCUACUCCUCCCCUGCCACUGCUGCACUGAGCCGCCUCAUGCUACCGGGUGUUCCCCCUCCCCUCUUUUGCCCUCUGUUGCCUCUGCUGCUGCGGCCGACCUCGCUGGUUUGGAGUCGGUUGGGGCAGCGUCUGCCCCUAGCGGGAGACGCCGCCCUGGCAGGGGCAAGGGGGGCAGGGGGCACUGGAGGAGCUAGCGGGGGCGGUGGAGGCGGCGGUGGAGGCGGUGGAGGAGGUGGGGGUGGCGGUGGGGGUGGUGGCGGGGGUGGAGGUGUAGGUGGCGGCAGUGGAGGCGCAGGCGGCAGCGGCGGUGGCGGAGGGAGCGGAGGUGGCGGUGGUGGAGGAGGAGGCGGCGGAGGAGGUGGAGCUGGUCGGGGUGGCGCUGCGCAGAGGGUCAGCUCCGGUGGUGGUCAGCGCCAGCAGCAGCAGCAGCAGCAGCAGCAGCAGCAGCAGCAGCAGCAGCGCACUCGUGACUGA